AUGCCAGCCAAAGUAUUGGUGUCGGAAAAAGGUGAGUUUUUGGACCCUGACGGAAACCAAAUUCAGUUGCGAGGUGUCAAUCUGGAUCCCAGUGUGAAAUAUCCAUCCACACCUCACUGCAAAACCCACGACCCUUUAACACCAUCAUUUUAUGAUGAUGCGGACUCUGUCUGCUUCAUCAACCAUCCUUUGAAGCUAGAGGAAGUUGAGGGCCACAUCUCUAAGCUAAAGUCCUUAGGGUAUAACACAAUUAGAUACCCCUUUACGUGGGAAGCACUUGAACAUGAAGGGCCAGAAAAAUACGAUUUUGCGUUCAUGGACUAUACAAUCAAGGUUUUGAAAAAAAUCAAUGAUCUCGGGGGGAUGUACGUCUAUUUGGACCCACACCAGGACGUAUGGUCACGAUUCACCGGCGGCUCUGGCGCACCUUUGUGGACAUUUUACUGUGCAGGAUUCCAGCCACGGCACUUUUCAGACACAGAAGCUACGAUUCUACAAAAUACGUACAUCAAUCCAAAUACGGGAAAAGAACGGGAACCUUACCCCAAAAUGCUGUGGCCAACCAAUUACUACCGUCUUGCUGCCCAAACCAUGUUCACUCUAUUCUUCGGUGGCAAGAAGUACGCACCCAAAUGUGUCAUAAACGGCCAAAACAUCCAGGACUAUCUGCAGGACAGAUUCAUAGGCUCCGUUAUGACUUUUUAUCAGCGCAUUCAGGAGACAGCCCCCGAUCUCUUCAACGACCAUUGCAUAUUAGGCUUAGAAACAAUGAACGAGCCUAACAUAGGAUAUUUCACCGAUCCUAAUUUGUCAGAACUGCCCAAAGAUCGCAAGCUCAAAAGAGGGACAAUGCCUACAGCUUUUCAGUCCUUUCAGCUAGGCGAGGGAUUGCCUUCAACAGUAGAAACAUAUGACAUUACCGUCUUUGGACCCAGAAAGACUGGAACCGCUACUAUAGACCCUCAGGGAAUUUCGGCUUGGCUUUCGAAAGACAUGAGAGACGAGAUCGAUCAACUUUACCAUUGGGAGAGGGGAUCUGAAUGGGAAGCCGGUGUCUGUGUUUGGCGGUUACAUGGUGUUUGGGACCGAAAAAAGCUUAAAGAAUCUGAGCUGCUGAUCUCUGAUUAUUUUGCUCACGAUCCAAGCACUGGGGCAAAAGUGGACUUGAGAUACUUUAUUAACACCUUUUUCGUUGACCACUUCAAGAAAUUUCGAAAAGCAUUCAGGGGCCUUGAUACUGUAUCAUUUCUGUUUCUGCAACCCCCAACACUACAAGAACCCCCACGACUCAAAGGCACAGAUUUGAUAGAUGACAAGACAAUUUAUGCUUGCCAUUUUUACGACGGUAUGUCCCUGAUGUUCAAAUCUUGGAAUAGGAUUUACAAUGUUGAUACAUUAGGAAUAAUGCGUGAGAAAUACGCCAACCCAGUAUUGAGUGUUGUGUUUGGCGAAAAUAUGAUAAGAAAAUGCUUUCGGAAGCAGCUUGCACAAAUGAAAGAAGAAGGGAGAGAUUCCUUAGGUACCAACAUCCCAGUUUUUUUCACUGAGAUCGGUAUGCCGUUCGAUAUGGAUAACAAAAAAGCUUACCGAAGUGGUGACUUUAGCUCACAAAUUGGAGCACUCGACGCUCUAGGCUAUGCACUGGAAGGAAGUAAUCUCUCAUUUAGCUUGUGGUGCUAUUGCAGCGAUAAUUCUCAUGAAUGGGGAGAUAAUUGGAAUAAUGAGGAUUUUUCAAUAUGGAGUAAAGACAAUGUGAGUGAAAUAAAGAUUUCAAACCCGGCACCUAAUUCAGACAGUGAUAGCGCCUCUGAUGUUGUAUCUUCUUUUUCUACCAUCCCACACGGUCAUGUUGAUAGCUCGAAUGACGAAGAUCUCCAUAACGAUUAUGAUGGGCUAAGAGCGCUUGAUGCUAUUCUUCGUCCGUACCCGGUCAAAAUAUUUGGAGAAUUUGAAAACGCGGAAUUUGAUUUGAGUAGACAAGAAUACAGAUUGACGAUAAAUGCGAAGCCUGAUCCCAAGUCUGAUAGCAGUCGUGGCGGGACAUUGAUAUUUUUACCAAAACUCCACUUUCCAAUGGGUCAAACCAUUAUUAAAACAACUUCGGGGAAAUUUGUUUACGAUCCGAAUCAACAGUUGUUAAAAUGGUCGCACGAUUCCGGUCAGCAAAAAAUAUCAUUACGGAGAGAAAUAGAGUCAUCAAAAAGACUUGAUGAUUCUGACGGGUGUGUUCUUAUGUGA